AUGCCGCAUCCCCUCACCGGUGGCCCGGCCCCUCCCGCUCCUCUGGACACAGUUGGCCUGGUGGACCAGAGGCUGGGAAGCGCAGGGAUCUCUGGUUCUGCCUCCAUCCUGGAAGACAGAGACAUGGACCCCUGGGCCCUCCCUCAGCUGAAGGACCCCGGACAGGCCUGGAGAGAGCUCAGUGCGGCCGGCAGGGCGCUGCGGGUGCUCACCGGCUUCCUCAAGGCCUGCGGGCUGCUGGGUGGCCUCUACCUCUUCAUCUGCUCCCUGGACGUCCUCAGCUCCGCCUUCCAGCUGCUAGGCAGCAAAGUAACCGGAGACAUCUUCAAGGAUAAUGUGGUGCUGUCCAACCCUGUAGCAGGACUGGUCAUUGGUGUGCUGGUCACUGUCUUGGUGCAGAGCUCCAGCACAUCCUCUUCCAUCGUGGUCAGCAUGGUGGCCUCCAAGCUGCUGACCGUCCGGGCCUCUGUGCCCAUCAUCAUGGGUGUCAAUGUGGGCACAUCCAUCACCAGCACCCUGGUCUCGAUGGCACAGUCGGGGGACCGGGACGAGUUUCGGAGAGCCUUCGGCGGCUCGGCUGUGCAUGGCAUCUUCAACUGGCUCACGGCGCUGGUUCUGCUGCCGCUGGAGAGUGCUGCAGCCCCCCUGGAGAGGCUCAGCGCGCUGAUCCUGGGUGCCGCCAACCUGCAGCCCGGGCGGCACGCGCCCGACAUCCUCAAGGUGCUGACCCGGCCGCUCACACACCUCAUCGUGCAGCUGGACGCUGAUGUCCUUAUGGGCAGUGCUACGGGCAACGCCACCAACCGGAGCCUUAUUAAGCGAUGGUGCGGCACCAGGGAGCAGACGGCCGCGGGGAACAGCAGCCACUGCGGAGCGGCGGCGGGGGGCCCCUGCCCUGGGAAGAACGGCUCUGCGUCUGAAGGGCCCGUGCCCUGCCGCCACCUGUUCGCCGGCACGGCGCUCGCGGACCUGGCCGUGGGCCUCAUCCUGCUGGCCGCCUCCCUGCUCGUGCUCUGCUCCUGCCUCGUCCUCAUUGUCAAGCUGCUCAACUCCACUCUGCGGGGCCGCGUCGCCCAGGCCGUGAGGACGGUCAUCAACGCUGACUUCCCCCGCCCAUUUGGCUGGCUCAGUGGCUACCUGGCCAUGCUCGUGGGCGCCGGCCUGACCUUCGUGCUCCAGAGCAGCAGCGUCUUCACUGCAGCCAUCGUGCCGCUCAUCGGGGUCGGGGUGAUCAGCCUGGAGCGAGCGUACCCUCUCUUCCUGGGUUCCAACACUGGCACCACCACCACGGCCCUGCUGGCAGCUCUGGCCAGCCCCUCGGACAUGCUGCUCAGCGCUGUCCAGGUCGCUCUCAUCCACUUCUUCUUCAACCUGGCGGGCAUCCUGCUGUGGUACAUGGUGCCCAUCCUCCGGCUGCCCAUCCCGCUGGCCAAGCACUUUGGGAACCUGACCGCCAGCUACCGCUGGGUGGCCAUCGCCUACCUGCUGCUGUGCUUCCUGGUGCUGCCACUGGCCGCCUUUGGGCUCUCCCUGGCGGGGGGCGCAGUGCUGGCUGCGGUCGGGGCACCCCUGGUAGUGCUGCUGCUCCUCUCCGCCCUGGUCACCGUCCUGCAGCGGCACCGGCCCGCCUGGCUGCCCCGCCGCCUGCGCUCCUGGGCCUGGCUGCCCCUCUGGCUCCGCUCUCUGGAGCCCUGGGACCUCCUGGUGAGACGCUGCUGCCCCUGCAAGGCCUGCAGCCCCCCUCAGGCUGUGGCCAAGGAGGCCCACUGUUACGAGAACCCCCAGGUUCUGGCCUCCCAGCAGUUGUGA